AUGGAUAGGGUUACAGUUGUGAACUACUGCUUAGGACUCCUGGGUUUGUUACUACUGCAGGGAGUGUUGAAUGUAGAGGGAAGGAGCCUAUUCAACCCUGGAAACCAUGUUUUUAAUCCAAAAGAAGACACGGAUCCCCAGGGCAAGAUUCUAGCUCUGUUACUACACAAGAGCUUAGUUCCUGUUGAAAAGGAUGAUCCUCUAGGUCUUGAGCUGGCCAAUAAAUUAGCUGAAUUAGAGGAGCUGCGGGCGCUCAGGGACGACCUGGAGCUAGAAAGGGAGAUCACAGCCAAUUUGGCAGAAGGCAAAUCCAUAACUAGGAAGAGGGGAGAACCUUGCUUCUGGAAGUACUGUGUCUGA